CCUCUGGCACGUGGCCCCCGGAAGGCAGCCCAGCAGGGAACGCGGCCCUUGGGCUGCAGAGGGGUCCUCUUCGCCGGGGCAGGCAGACGGGCCGAGGCUCCGACCCCAGGACAGGGCAGCUCCCUAGAGUUACCCUUCGCAUGCCGGAAGCGCAGGGGCCAGCCAGGCGGGGAGGGGCGGCGCCGGUUCCCGAAGCGGCCGAGGGAGGCGCCUGGAGAGGGUCGCCGCAGGCCUUCCUUCCAGAGAGCAUUGGUUUUCCACUUGUCGCCUGUAGGUGUCUGGAGGGCAUGGGCUGAUCUUUGGACGAUGGGCAUUUGCCACGGCGACCUUCUGGCACUGCGGUCCUGCUGCUCCAGAACGCGGCUGCUGACUAGAGGCACCAGUUGCUCAGGGUUGGUGCUGGAACCUUUGGCUGAUGCCCGACAGCCCUAGUUGGGCAGAGACAAGCCUGCUGCAGCAAUUGUUCCUCUGACGCGGGCAGGCUGAGGGCUAAGAGGCUUCCUGGGACCAGCCUCACUAUCAGGUGCCGUGGCGGCCGGCAUUGGCACGCACUUGACCUGCGGGAAGGUCUUCAGGGACACACCUUCGUUGGCCAUGCCUGCGCAGGGGCUCCUGGUGCUGUGCCAAGUUGUUAUCCUGGCCCUGCUGAGUUCAGCCAGGCAGCCUCCCAACAUUGUCCUCAUUUUUGCUGACGAUCUGGGCUUUGGAGAUCUGGCCAGCUACGGGCACCCCAGCUCCACAACGCCCAACCUGGACAAGAUGGCAGCCGGGGGCCUGCGCUUCACUGACUUCUAUAGCAGCAGCCCUGUGUGCAGCCCUUCGCGGGCAGCCCUGCUGACGGGACGCUACCAGACGCGCUCCGGCGUUUACCCCGGCGUGUUCUACCCUGGCUCACGGGGAGGUCUCCCAUUGGCCGAGGUGACUGUGGCGGAGUUGCUGAAAGGGCGGGGCUAUACUACCGCCAUGGUAGGCAAAUGGCACCUGGGAGUAGGACCCAAUGGGAUGUUCCUGCCCACACACCAAGGGUUUGACCACUACUUGGGGGUGCCCUACUCACAUGACCAGGGCCCCUGCCGGAACCUCACCUGCUUUCCCCCCAGCACCCCGUGCUUUGGGAACUGCGACCUGGGCGUGGUCCCCGUCCCUCUGCUUUGGAACCAGACCAUCAUCGAGCAGCCCCUCUCCUUCCCUCGCUUGCAGCCCCGCUACGUUGCCUUUGCCCGGGACUUCAUCAGGGCCUGCGCCCGCCACAACCAGCCCUUUCUGCUCUAUUAUGCCUCCCACCACACCCACUACCCCCAGUUUGGGAGCCAAGAGUAUGUGGGCCGCUCACCCAGGGGCCCUUUUGGAGACGCCCUCCUUGAGUUUGACGGAGCCGUGGGGCACAUCUUGCAAGCACUGCAGGAGAGCGGGGUAGAGAACGACUCCCUGGUGUUCUUCACGUCCGACAACGGCCCUGAGAUGAUGCGCAUGUCCCGAGGGGGCAGUUCUGGCCACCUCAAGUGUGGCAAAGGCACAACCUACGAGGGCGGGAUGAGGGAGCCUGCAGUGGCCUACUGGCCAGGCCGCAUUGCCCCAGGUGUGACCCACGAGCUGGCCAGCACCCUAGAUAUUCUACCCACGGUGGCAGCUCUGACCGGGGCACCCCUCCCCAAUGUCACGCUGGACGGCUACGACCUCAGCUCUCUUCUCUUUGGGAGCAGAAAGAGCCCCCGUCAAGCCGUGUUCUAUUACCCGCCAGCCCCAAGCCAGUUGCUUGGCGUCUUUGCAGUCCGCUACGGAAAGUACAAAGCCCACUUCUUCACACAAGGUGCCUUCCACAGUGACACAACACCUGACCACGACUGCCACGGGACCACCCCUCUGAUGGCCCAUGAGCCCCCGCUGCUGUUCGACCUGGAGUCAGAUCCUGCAGAGAAUUACAACCUCCUUCAGGCAGAGGCCGUGGGGCCUGAUGUUCUGGCUGUCCUGAAGGAGGUCUGGCUUCAGAAGGCGCUUUUUGAUAGGCUGAUGGAGUUUGGGGAGAGCCAGCCUGGGCGGGGCAGCGACCCCUCGCUGGAGCCCUGCUGCAGCCCUCGGUGCAGCCCAAAGCCUUCAUGUUGCAGCUGCGCUUCAGCCUCUUAGCUGCCACCAUGCCUUGCAGAAGCUGCUGCUGCCUGCCCAACUCUGUACAUGUGCAGGUGGGCAGUUGCUUUCGUUUCACAAACUCUAUUAAUGGGGCUUCUAACACCAUUUUCCGUGAGGGUAAUUCACAUGAUAAGGACAUAGGACACCGCCUUCUACUGAGUUGGACCCUUGGUCCAUCUAGCUGUGUAUUGUCUACACUGAUUGGCAGCGGCUCUCCAGGUUUUCAGACGGAGUUCUCUUCUAACUCUACCUGGAGUUGCCAGGGAUCUAAUGUAUGCAAGGCACCGGACCUCAGUGUUUCCUUCUGAAGUGGCGAUGUUGCUUUGAGAUGUCAUUCCACCCCUUCUGCUCUGCCAUAUUUCAGGUUGUAAGCUCCUUGGAAAAGAGGCCUGUCUUAGUUUUGUUUUAUAUUGCUCUGUACAGCCCUGUGUAAACUGAUGGUGGUGUUUACCAUGCCCUGUCAAGCACUGAAGCCUGGUAUUGGCUGUGAUGCAGAAAGUACCAGUUCUUGCCAGCAGCCAGUCACAUUCCCAAAACACAUGCAGCACCGGGAACUGAGGGGGAGAAAUGCCUUCGGUGUCACUUUACGGAAGCCGUUGGAGUCCUUCAAGAGGCGGCUGGACAGCCACCUGUCAGGAAUGCUUUGAUUUGGAUUCCUGCAUUGAGCAGGGGGUUGGACUGGAUGGCCUUAGAGGCCCCUUCCAACUCGACUAUUCUAUGAAUCUAUAAGUGAGGGAGCAGGAAUGUGCACUCUUUAACAGGAAAUGCUCCCCGUAAGACCUGUUUACAACUAGAAUAGGGGCCUCCUCAACCCCCCCCAAGGGCGCUUGAGUUCCCACCCCUAGGGAGGGAAAUCUGCCCCACUGCACGUUCAAAAGAGGAAGGAACACCUUCACAAUAAUCUUCCUCCUGAGGUAGCUCUGGACUGGCAGUGCAGGAGCAAGGCCUUGGAGGUGGUUGCAGCUGGUGUUGCCUUUGCACCAACGUCCUCUGUAGCACUUUUGCGUGUUCACAAGUGACCUUAGGCUGCUUGACCAAUCCUUGGCUGCUUUCUCCCCAGUGGAGAGCUUUGUAAGAAGCAUUUAUCUUGUGUGUGGGUGUGCACAUGGUGAACUGAGGAAUUGCAGUUUGAUUUCUAUGGAAUGCAGAUUGUAAUUUUUAAAAAACUGCAAUAUAGGAAAUGAAAGCAGCUUGAAUAGCUGCAGUUAAAAUGACAGUGCUUACUAAAUCAACAUUUUUUAUUUCCAAUAUGGAUCCCAGACAUGCAAUUGAAUAUUUGGCAAAGCAAAAUAGAAUCGUUUUAUUUUGUCAAAGAAAAAACCCUGGAUCAGCCAACAAUAUUGUUACAGGCAAACAGGAUGGGAGGAGGGCUGGAGAAUAUCUCAUAUCCACCCUUAUUAUGAAGCCAAUCAAUUAUAUCACUUGAUUUCUUUUUUGAGAGACGAUGGGGAAAAGAGAUGGACAUCAAUAGAAAACAAACGUUUUAAAGGGUACACUCUAAGCUCUUUAUUUUAUACACAACAAAAUAAACAAACCACAGCUCAAAUACAGGACAAUCCCUUCACAGCAGCCUUAUAUCGAUGUUGGUCUCGCAGAGUAAAAUCAAUUUCCUCAUGGGUCUCUCCACUGACACCUUCCAUCCACAUUUUUUAAAAUAAAUAUAGAAUAUUUCCAUUGCAAGACUGGAAGUCUAAAGGCCUUUAUAGGCCAAGGGAGUUUUGCAAAGACGGCAGGAUGUUAUCUGAGGAAGAAGCUAGGGUAAUCUUAAAUGAAGUUCCUUAGGAUGGUUUCAGUGGUGACAACUGACAGCUUUUCUGACAAAGGAAGAAACACAAGCAACGAAAAAGCUGUCAGCUUUUGGAAUGAUGGUGGUUAACAACAUCUGCAGCUAAAAGGUCAAAUCUCUAACAUUUAUACUCUGUUAAUAGACAAAGAUUUGGCAAAUCUCACAGGCCUUAAACAGCUAUGGGAAAAUGACAUAGGUAUAGUAUUGUAUACCCUGGGGCAUGUAUGUGAUUGCUAUAACCAUUAUGCAAGGCUGCCUUAUUGCUUUUAUAUGUAUAAGUGCUUUUAGGAGGGUAAGAUUUAAUAGUUAAGCUCAUAAUGUUGUCUUCUGUAGCUUGGACACCUGCCAGAGAACUAGUUUGUUAGAAGAUGAGGUUGCGGAACAGCCAGUGUCCCUCAGCUGGGCCUUAUCUAUGAGGAGGCUAGAUGUAGCCUCAAGAACACCUCUUUGAAGCUCAUCUAGUCAGCCACUAACAAGCUGCAUGUGCUGAGAACCGGUAGCACAUGUGAUAGGAGGGUGGUAGGGAGGGAAAGGACCGUUUGAUGUACAGUAGCCUUGGCACUGAUCCAGUUAGCUCUAAUGAGCUACAUGUGCCAAGGAUGGGCUGCACGUGCUGAUUAACAGUAGGACACGUGCCAUGGAAAGAGUAGCAUAGAGAGGUCAAGAUGUGCUUUGGCACCAGACCAGUGUCCUCGCACGUAAAUAGGGUGAUCCAUCCGGUGCCUGGACACCCCAGAUCAAGGGACGGGGAUACUUCAAAGGUAGUGAGAUAGUAGUCAUUGUCUAUUAGGCAUAGGGCAGCUUUGAUGCCUAGUCUGAUUAAUGAUGUACCCUGUCAAGAUGUGCUGAUUUGAUGUUAGAUAUAGCUAAUGAUGCAUUCCGUCAUUGUGUAUGCCUUGCCAAGAUUUUCUCUAUAAAAGGUGCCUGUGCCGUGAGCUCAGGGUGCAGACCUUAACGCCUCUAUGUGAGAGACCCUGGGUCUGUUCCACUGGGUAGGCAAGCCUGUUGUGGCCCAGCUCAGCAUACAGACUGCAGGUGCCAUGUGGGAACCUUGCAGCCUGUUCCAUUUAUUGGGUAUGCUGGUGUGCUUGCUAAAUUACUCAAUAAACGUCUCCUUGAGAGUAAA